UUGAAAACCCGACGAAUUGCCAGCAGUCCCUCAAGCGAAGUGUUUCCAGGGAGGAGCCGGGGCGCAGAGUCACACAGAGACAUGCUUUCCCUUCGCCGAGCGAGUCAGCACAUUCAGCCGCCGGCCGAGGAGCGGGAGGAGUCGGUGCCGAGGACCGCCGGAUCGGGGGCCACGCGGGGACAGCGAGCCCCCGGCCAGGGCCCAGAGAAAACCAUAUGCCCAGCUGCAGUGACGUAGCCAUGAUCUCCUCGCUGGCCUUGCCUGACAGAGACGACGAAAGAGAUGUCUGUAUUUUGACCUUUGCGGACUUAGAACUGAAAGAACAUCUUCAGUUCCCAUCCAAAAGCCACCCAAAAGCCGAGUUUGAUGCCAGGGCCAGAAAGAAGCAUGUGUCUGCAAAGAGGAAGGCCUUCGCUCUCUUUGUCAAAACCAAGGAAGUGGUCGCUGACUCUUGCUGUCCAACAUCUGCUAGCCAAGGGCCGGUUCACUGGAGAUGCUGCCAACAGACCUUCAAAGACCUGGCGGGCAUCCACCGGCAUGUGGCUGCCCACCAUUUUGCCGAUGUGAGGCAACAGACAGCCACCAUUUUAAAGCAGAUAACUGCCGAAGCAGAUGUGAUAAGCAGCCGGUUUUCCACAGACAAGCUACCUAAGCCCAAGGGGCCCCUGUAUCGACCCCAGGAGACCCUCCCAGACAUAAGCCACAUCGGGGCGGCCGAAUUGAUGAGUGAGACAGGACAGGUUCUGCUCUUCUACUGUUACUGUGAGGUGGCUGAUCCUGAAGGACUGUGCCUGUGGCAGAAGGCUUUGUGUCAGCACCUGCACCUGAAGGGAAAGGUACGAAUUGCUUCUGAGGGCAUUAACGGAACUGUUGGUGGGAGCACAAGUGCAACCCAUCUUUACGUGGACGUGAUGCUUUCUCACCCUCUCUUUAAAGGCAUUUUGAUGAGGGAUGAUUUCAAGACCAGCACAGGUGGGGCUCACUGCUUCCCAGACCUUCGGAUUGGCGUUUUUGAAGAAAUCGUCCCCCUAGGGAUCAACCCAAAGAAAGUCUCCUACAAAGAAACUGGAAUCCAUUUGACUCCAAAGGAAUUUCACAUAGAAGUGGAGAAAUAUCUUUCUAAGGGUAAUAAAGCACAGAAGGACACCAUUUUGCUGGACUGCAGGAACUUCUAUGAAAGCAAAAUAGGGCAUUUCCAAGGCUGUUUGGCUCCAGACAUCCGAAAAUUCAGCUACUUCCCCAUCUACGUAGACAAGAACUUGGAACUUUUCAGAGGGAAACGUGUCCUGAUGUACUGCACAGGGGGGAUCCGUUGCGAGCGAGGUUCGGCCUACCUCAGAUCCAAGGGCAUAUGCAAAGGAGUGUACCACCUCAAGGGCGGCAUCCACAAGUACUUGGAAGAAUUUCCAGAUGGAUUCUACCGAGGGAAGCUUUUUGUCUUUGAUGAACGGUACACCAUCUCCUCCAGUGGUGAUGUGAUUUCAGCCUGCCGCUACUGUGGGAAUCUCUGGGACCAGUACCGAAUUUGCUCCACCCAGCCCUGUCAUCAGCUCGUCCUGACGUGCUCGCAGUGCCAGCGGAAAGGGCUGACUGCCUGCUGCCCAGUUUGCCAGAAGAAAGGCCCCUUCAUGGCCCCAAACCUUUCUGGACAAGCCUUCAAAGAGCAAUGUGAAUGUACAGAGAUGCGGCAGCAGGUACCUGUAGAACGGGUGUAAUGAAGACCUCUGGAGCCAAAACCAACAACAAAAAUCUCUCUCCACAAACGUCUGCUUUGGAACCCAAUCCCUAGAUAUACAUUAAUGGGAUUUGGGGAGCAAUCAGCUCCAUUAGGCAGCUUUGCAGACCUCUGAUCUAGGUAGUAGUCAGGGCUUCAAUGCAAUGCUAGCUUACUCGUAGGAGUAAAUUAAUAGUGUGCAUAAAGCAAAACAAAAAACAAAAUACACCCAUCCACCCAUGGUGCUGCGCAACUAUUUCCUCAUAUAAGAUGACCAUCCUGUCUUGCAAUCUGAUAGAGAGUGUUGCCCAUGCUUGCUGCAACUCUGCUUAGUAAAGCAUGAGUAUGGUCAUUGGGUAACAGGCUGAUUUAAAGAACUUCCAGAAAACAGGAUAAAUAAACCCUGUGGGUAGGCUCUUGCAUGUAUGCAUGGUUUGAAGCCAUGAUGGGCCUUGGCUUCCUGGUGAACACACAUCAUGCCUUCUGUGGCCAGGUACACGCUUGCAUACUUGCUACUAUCUACCUGUGGAUUUCAUGCUCUUUCCAAGGUACAUUCUAUACAGGCAAGAGAACUGCACGGCUCUCUUAUCACAGAAAAAAAGCCCUUCUGCUUCGCUAGCAAGAACGGACCACUCUCACAAUCCUCAAUUUGCCUCUGUUCUCCCCAGCUCUCCUAAGUGCUGGAAAACAGUGCUGAGCCAGUAGGCCUUCCAGAGCAUGGUAUAGUCUUUCAUGUCAGAUAAGUAUGGGAAUUUUCACAAAUGCUUUGUAGCUUCUAAGGACCAGCUGCAUGGAACAAGUGCACCCAGCACAACCCCUCCCCCCACGAACAUGGUGUCAGACAUCCUUAGGCUUGUAAAUAGCCACUCUGGUGGUUGCCUAGGGCGAGUAAAAUCCUUGUCCAGGUGACCAGAGAGGAAUUUUGACAAAAGGCAUUUUGUUGUUGUGCCUUCUUUCAGGCUAUACAUUGAUAGGUAGGUGAGCUUUAGAAACUGAGUUUGCAAGAGUGGUUGAGGUGGAAUAACAUUAGCAUUGUAUUGUAUUCAGCUAGUGGUCAUCCAUCCACUGUGGGGAAUGGCAUUUAUCAUUUCCUGCCUCCCCAAUUGGACAGUGGGAAUCACCCACAGGAUGUCCAUCUAUCGCUCAGAGGAAAUGGACCCUUUACGUUUAAGUACCAAUGGUCGUUCUUUGAUGGCCAGUGAUUUAAACCAAGGUGAGGUAGAGUCAGGAUACACUUCAGAGAACUGCCCACAAAAACCUCAUUUGGGCAAGCGGCCUUUCCAAUUGCAGUCUGCAUGUCCUUGCAAGUGCAGGUGAACCUUUGGCCUAGUUGGAGAGUUUGAGAUGACACUGACAGCUGUCCCAUCAGUAAACUAGAUUUGGCUAGCAGAAGGGUAGUUAAGGGGUUGACCAUAGUCUGUACCAUCUAACGAGGGGCUAAAUGUACUUCCAGCAAGAAAGCCCAAUCCAUACUCUUGGCCAAUGUACUUAGAAGCAAUGCUUUAUUAAGGCAUAAUUUACAAGCAACAUAGCAUUUUGUUGCAAACCAGCAGGCACUUCCCCAUUUGUUUGAGCAUAACGCUUGGGGCUCCAUAGAUCUAGCCCAGCAAAAGUCCUAGGUUGCCUGUUCCCAUAGGCUGCAAACCUAAGUCUGAUAGCAUUCAUGUGGAAACCUCAAAAUCCUGCCCCAUCAAUCUUCCUUGUUGCUUUAUUGGCACUCUCCCACUGUCCAAUUGAGAUGGGGGCAGUCAGACUGUAAUGAGGGAAGAGCCAUCUGUCUGUCGUAAGUAUUAAUUCCGGGCAGAUUUCACUGUGGCCCAGCAAUAUCUUCAGGUUUGAAUCUAGAGAUGGCAUAAAUCUACCCCCCUCUCCCCAAGUUUUACAGCGAAUUGCUCAAGCAAAACAUCCUGGUGCAACGUGCAGAAGAGUCCUGGAAGGGAAGCACUUUCCUGGGCCCCCUGCUGCAAAUUCUGCACCUUGUUGUAGCUACAAUGCCGUGUGAACUCCCAAACACUGGUGUUCUUACUCCCGUGGAGUUCCCAGGCACCAGACCCUGCAUAACUUUUCACAAAAGAGUAUUUUGACCAAAGGGCCUGUGGCCAGCAGCUUGCCCAUUCAGAUAUCCGUGGCAGCAGCGAGGGCUGUCCUCUGAAGGAGAAACCAAUGAAGGAAAGAAAUAAUAAGGCCAUCCUCUGGCAUCAAAGCGAUUCCAAACCAUACCAUUAGGUGGAAAAGAACGCCGUGUCAAAUGGACUAUUUUAAGCUCUUGAAUUCUUCUGCAAAAGUAAUGGCCAACAGCCCAGACGGCACCUGACUUUCUGCUGUGCUUCGGAAAAGAGUGGCCUUAUAUUAUUUCUACAGGGUGGGUGUGUAGAUAAACUUUAGAACAAAAGGAGAUGCUUUUACAACUGAGUUGAAACUUGGGGCUGGGAGUGCUGCUGAGUGUAGUUCACACACGUGUCAAUUGAAGAUCUGCUUCGGGAAGAUGGAAUACUGUCGCGUAGCUCCUUUUUAAUUCUUGACUGCGAGUAAAAAAAAAUAAAGUAUUUUUUAAACUGUUUA